GUGAACAAAUCUUGUAGAUUUUCAAUUUGAUGCAUAAUCGUUUGGAUAAAUAUCUUCAUACAUGAUUUUCAUGAUAAUUUCCAGUGAACAUAGUAGGGCUGGUAGUCGGUUAGUUUUGGUUUAACCGAAAAAUGAAAUCUCGGUUAUAGGUUAAACUAAGGCACGACAAACCGCUGCCGCCACCCGACCGUCGUUCAGCCUCGGUUAGCCACAGACCGACCAACCAGUUUUCGGUUUCGGCGCGAUUUAACCGGGAAGCCGAGCAGGCUGUAGGAAGGCCUCGUGAUACAAGAAAGUUGGGGGGAAUAAACGUGGUGGCGGUGAUGGAAGGAGGGUUGUUGACUGAUGUUAUUGCAAGUUUGGGGGAUGGAGGUGGAAGAAGCUCCCCCUCAACCAAAAGAUCCCUUGUCCCAAAGCAGCAACGAGAGUCGCCAGACGGCGCAACGGGUGGAGGGGCAGCGCGAUUAGAGGGAGGCGAAACAGGCGAUUGGAGAGAACGGAGUUGCGGGGAGACGGUAAGGGAGGAGCUCAGGGGAGGGAGUAGGAGGAGGAGUUCGUCUCCGACGGGUUGGCCGAGAUGGGAGGGUGGAGGCGGCGGGGCGCAGCCAGCCACGCAGGGGAGUCGUCGUCGCUGCUGUGCUGUGUGGGAGACGGAGUGGGGCGGCUGGGCGAUUGUGAGGGAGGAUUGAAGGAACACGAUGGCGCUAGGGUUGGGGUGUAAAAUGGGAUGGCAAAGCGACGUGGUAUAAGGUCGGUCGGUUAGUGACGAUUAGCCGGUUAACCGACGUCGGUUUAUCGGCUUACCGCUGCACCAAUAACCAACUCCGACCACUGCGUAUUUUUCGGUUUCCGGUUAGCCGCUAACCGGCAGUUAAUGGUUAGACCGGUCGGUUAGCCGCUAACCGACAACCGAAAUGACAGCCCUAGAACAUAGUCCCAAUCACAAGUCCCUUAGAUGUGGUGAAUUGCAAACAUAUUUAGAACUUGUCCGCUAUACUUUCUUUUUGGAUCUCCACAAUAUAGUUGUAUCACCAUAAGUAUAGAGAUAUCUCAUCUCCAACCAACCAAUAUAAGGAUCAAACAAAUAUCUUUGAUAUGAAUAGUUAACCAAAUCUCUCUCUGAUCAACCAACCAACUACGUUCCAAUGCCCUUUAAUGAGGGAAACAUUAAUGCUCCAAUGGCAUGAACAUAUGGUACUUCAAAAUAUAAUAAUUUACUUAUUACUCGAUGUCUAAAUGGACCUUUGUUCACUUCUAGUGAUCUUAGGAUCCUUAUAUUAUUUGAUGAAUGUAAUUUGUUCUUGCAAAAUUACUUUUACACUUUUUCAACUGUACAUUCCUCGUCCAUAGAAAAAUCUUAAAUAGUUCAUUUUAACUCAUUUAUUUAAGCAAUGAACUUAUUUAGGAAGCUCUUCAAGGGUUUCAAUAAUAAUCAUAUCAUCAACGUAAUAUGAAUCGCGUCAAAAUAAUUUGUUAAUCUUUUUUCCCUAAAUAACCAUAAAGCUUAGCUAACAGAAAUGUGUGCAAAGAAUUCUUUCAUAGCAGCACGAAAGACAAACGACAAUCAUGUUACAAACUCAACACAACAUACAUAAACCACAACUCAUACACUAAAGAAACUAUAAAUUAAAAUAUUCAGAACUUAUAUUGAUGAUGCAAUUACAGAUGCUUAAUGCAAAUGCUAGUGUGCACUCUACCGGGAUAUGAUAUUUGACAAUGAAAUCAUCCAUUACAUGCAUCGAUUGAGUUUCCUCUUGAUCAUCAUUUGUAUAUUUCAUAUUCGGUACGCGUACGGAAGUAUAACAAAAUUUCUAAUAUUCUUCUAACAAAAAAUAAGAUGGCAAAACAAAUUUUAUUGUCUCCUCUAAAACGAGAGACUUUUUUCCAAAAGGUAUACAAUCAAACCAACUUAAAAAUUGGCAUUAGUUACAUGAAUCUUUUGAUUCUGUUGUUGUCGUUCAUCCUGAUGAAGACAUUUCUUGGUGCAGUAGGCCAGACACUCCUGGGGAGUUGGUAGUUUGCACUCUUCUGUGCAUUUUUCGACGCAAUCAAAUGGAUCCGCCAAAGCCAUUUGGUUCAUCGAUCCCAAAAUCACUAGCACCGACAAUAUCAAUGCAAUCUUUGUUAGCGCCAUUAUCUCCUCCUCCUCCUCUUUUUUUUUUCCCGUAUAUUUAUCGGAUUUUGUCCUCCAAACGUGCACACCUAUACUAUAUAUAUAUAUAUCUUUUUAUAGUUGAGUAUAGUGUGACAGUGUGAGUCCGCCAAAAUUGAGUAAUUUGAUAUCUAACAAUCAAUGUGGGAUAUGAUU